UAUCAGUCUAUCACUGUCUAGUGACCGCCCUAAAAUUAACUUGCGAGGAAAACAAAAAUUGAAAUCCCUAAAAUUGAAGUAGACAAGAGCAAAAAUGGCGAGCGAGGAAGAUAGCGCUGUGAAGGAGCCAUUGGAUCUCAUCAGACUCAGCCUCGAUGAGCGCAUCUACGUCAAGCUCCGAUCCGACCGUGAACUCCGCGGCAAACUCCAUGCCUAUGAUCAGCACUUGAAUAUGAUUCUUGGUGAUGUUGAAGAAAUUGUGACCACUGUAGAAAUUGAUGAUGAAACUUAUGAAGAGAUUGUUCGGACUACAAGGCGCACGGUGCCAUUCCUUUUUGUUAGAGGAGAUGGUGUGAUAUUGGUUUCCCCGCCACUAAGGACAACUUGAUUUUCUAGUUGUAGUGCAUGGUUCAAUCUCGUAGGACACCUGAUAUCAGAUAUUUUAUGUAACUGUAUUCUUAACCUUAUCAAGCUUAUUUUGCAUAGCAAUGAUGAAUAUGUUUGAGUUAUAUAUUAUUCUGGAUUUAUCAUACUGAUUUAGAAAACA